AUGUUGGAAGGAAUGUUUGAUGAACCAGAUGAUAUUUUAAAUGGAAAUGCAACUUGUGUUUAAAAUUAAUAUUAAAGGAGAGGAAAAAAUUACGCUUAAUACUUAGAUUUACCUCCAUAACCUAAAGAAGAAUAUGGUUUUGUAGGUUUAAAAAAUCAAGGUGCAACAUGUUAUUUAAAUAGUCUAAUUUAAGCUCUUUUUAUGUCACCAGAAUUACGGGAUAUAAUAUUUUAGCUACCAUUAGACGAAUUAUUUGGUCAAUUCACAGAAACUCUUACUAAAAGUUUUGGAUGGGAAUCAAAAGAAUGCUUUUAACAAUAAGAUAUUUAAGAAGCAAAUAGAGUAAUAUUUGAUGUUUUAGAAAGAGCUUUAUAUGGAACAUAAAUGAGCGAAUAAAUAACAAAGUUUUAUAAAGGAACACUUGUAAAUCAUAUAACUUGUAUGAAUUGCCAAAUUGCAAAAGAAAGGGAAGAACCAUUUUUUGAUAUUAUAUUAUAAGUAAAAGAUAUAAAAUCACUUGAAGAAAGUUUAAUGGCUUUUAUAACUCCCGAAAUAUUAGAAGGUGACAAUAAAUAUUUUUGUGAAAAUUGUUAACAAAAACACGAUGCUUUAAAAGGAUAAAAAAUAAGAAAGCUCCCUGAAAUAUUAAGUUUAAGUUUAAAUAGAUUUGAAUUCGAUUUUGAAAAAUUUUAAAGAGUUAAAAUUGAUUCAGAAUUUAAAUUCGGGCUUGAAUUAAAUGCAACUCCUUAUUUAGAAGAUACUGAUGUUCAAGAUGAAGAUUAUAUGUAUGAAUUAUUUACAGUAUUAAUUCAUAGAGGAAGUGCACAUGGAGGACAUUAUCUUACUUACAUAAGAGAUUAUUUAUGUGAAGGAAAUUGGAAUAAAAAGAUGGAAAAAUAUCAUGAACAAAAGUAAAAGAGAAUUAAAUAAAUGAAAGAAGUACAAGUAGAACAGUCUAAAUUAUAGGAACAAUAAUAAUAAGAAUAAAAUGAAUUAAAAUAAAAAGUAGAAAAAUAAUAAAUAUAGUUAGAAUAAUAAAUUUAAUAGAAAUAAUAAUAAAAUAGAAAUUAAAAGCAAAAAUAAAAAAUGAGCAAAAAUAAAAAAUUAAGAAAAUUCUAAAAAUAAUAAAAAUCAGAAAAAUAAACUUUAAGAUGA